GGAAUUUUGCCCGUGUUUAUCACCAUCGAACUGAUUCAUUCCCUAGCCUCACCCAGCAACGACAUCACAUAUCUGCGUCUCGAUACCCGUUCUCCAGAUGCAUACGGGGCGAGUAAUUUCAUGCGGUAGCCAUAUAAUUGUCGUGUCUCUAUUCGCAGCAUAAAGUCAAGCAUCACUAUCAGCAUGCACCGGCUUUUUAAGACACGGAGAGGAGAUGGAUAUGUCAGACCAGGACAAUGGCCCCAAGCGUGGGACAAAACGCAAAUUGACUAAUGAAGAUGGACUUGAACUCGGAAAAGGUUUCAAUAAAUCAUCUACUCUCGUGGGCCGGGAGGCCUCUUCGUCAACGGCAAUUGAAUGCUCCGUCACUAAUAAGGACCGUCCUUCGGGGCCAGUGGUACCUAGAGAACUAAGGGAUGACUAUUACUACAAAAGGCUUUAUACGGAAGACCUGGACUUUCGUCUGCUCGGACAGCACGAUUCGGAAUUUGAAGCCGUGUUGGAGCGCGGUUCGCAUCUCGACUUUAAUAACCCUAAGUCAGUCAUGCAACUGACCAAGACCCUCCUCAAGCGGGAUUUUAGUUUGACAGUCGAUUUGCCCACGGACCGACUUUGCCCUCCGGUACCUAAUCGGCAUAACUAUAUACUUUGGUUAAAGGACCUUCUUGACUCAUCAUCCUCGACUCCGUACUUGAACUCUAGCGAUCGGGCUCGGCAGGUAACUGGGUUAGACAUUGGCACCGGCGCUAGUCUCAUCUACCCGCUUCUAGGUUGUGCUCAGCGACCGUCAUGGUCAUUCGUCGCCACCGACGUUGAUGCGAAGUCAUUAUCUUACGCGCGCAAAAACGUUGAGCUAAACAACCUACAAUCCAGAAUCCGUGUAGUCGGUCGCACCAUCACGGACUGUCUUAUCCCCCUGGAUGAACUAGGCCUGGAAACCAUUAACUUCACCAUGGUUAACCCUCCCUUCUACACGUCCGAGGCCGAACUCACAGAUCUGGCUAAGCAGAAAUCCCGGCCCCCAAAUACCGCGUGCACGGGCGCGCCAGUCGAGAUGGUGUGCGCCGGGGGCGAGAUCGGUUUUAUCCAGCGGAUGAUUGAUGAGUCCCUAGUCUUGCGAGAGAGGGUGCAGUGGUAUACGUGCAUGCUUGGCAAACAGUCAAGCCUGGAAGUGCUUGUAGGCAUCCUCAAAGGGCAUGGCGUGACUAAUUAUGCUCUUACGGCAUUUGUUCAGGGGAAUAAGACGCGCAGGUGGGCUAUUGGGUGGAGUUUCGGGAACAGAAGGCCGAGUCUACCGGCCAGUAGGGGUUGUGAGCCCUCGGCUGGGAAAAAGAUCUUGCCGGAACCUACAGAGAUGACCGUUGUUGUGAGAUCUAGUUCGCAAGUCAAACCGGAACAGCUUGAGCGGGCCGUUUGCGAUACGAUGGAGGGUCUUGACCUGGAUUCGUGGAGCUGGAGCAAGCAGUUGUCAAAGGGCGUAGGUUUUGCCAAUGGCAAUGUUUGGAGUCGAACCUAUCGCAGGAAAAAGGCGAGAGAAAGGGGAGAUACCGCCGGAGAUGAGUCUUCAUCGUCCCGUCAAAAGAAGCCGAAGCAAAAGGUGGAACAGGACACGACGCACAGUACGUUUGGUUUCUUAUUAACAAUACGGGCUUCGGGGGAUACGAAUGAUAGGGGUCAGGUGGCGAUCGUGGCCCGCUGGCUUCAGGGGGAUGAUCAUGCAGUUUUCGAGAGUUUCACGGGAUUCCUUCGAAAUGCUAUUCUCUCAUCAAUCCAAGAGUAAUGAGGUAUGAUACCAAGUCCCAAUGUUAGUUGAAGAGCGCCAUACACCAAUCACGAGUACAUCCAGUA